CCUCCCUCCCCUCUCCCUCCCCUGGAGUGCGUGCGCCCGCGGGAGGCCGGUCGGCGCCGCCUGGGACCCCGGCCCAGCUACGCGGGCCGCUCGGGACGUGUGGCGGUGCGGAGUGAGGAUGAAAGGUCUAUAAGGGAAGGAAGCCAAAAGAAAACAAGAACUAGUGAAGCCAGAAGUUGAGAAAACCGGAACUUUUAAAAAAGACUGUUCCUGAAGGCUUCAAAGGAAACCUGAAGGGAAGGCUCAAUGGCCCUGGGUGAAGAGGAGGCUGAGGCAGAAGUGUCUGUCAACACAAAGAUCCCAUCCUGUGGCAGGUGGAACUCUGGGAAACUGCUUGAAGCAGAGCAGCCCCUGCAUCUGGAAGUCGAGGGAGGGCCACUGUGGGGGGCUGAGGCUGACCCUGGCUGCAUCUCUGCAGUUUUCUUGUCACGGGCCCAUACUGUCAGCAAAGAACCAGUAGCAGAUAGGUCUCAGCCUCCCCUCAGUGGCCCACUUCCUUCUGCCAGUGUGCACAGCCAGAUGGAGGAAAACAAGCUUCCCGCCUCGCAGAACCUACUUCCAACUGUUAAAGUCCUUGGAACUAUAACUGUUUGCGCAGGACGCGAGGCUGACGACGAAGACUUUCAGUCCGCAGUUGAUCCAUCUCAGGUGUCGAGCCUCAGCCAGCAACCACACAUCUCAGGUCUCCCCCUCCUGUCCCCGUGGAAGUCCACAGUGAGCCCAGGUGCUCCUCAGCUCUCUAGCAGAAGCCUCUCUGCCUCCGCAGUGGGCAUCAGUCUCCCGGAUCACCAAGAGAAGGCAGAACCUCAGAGUGGCUCUUUUGCCAAUGUCUCCUCUCCAGGGUUGACUGUACCCCAGGCAGCCCACUCUGGGGUGGGGGCAGGGCCUCAGCUCCAGGGGUCAGCACAGCCUGUGGCCUCUGGCAGUGAUGCUAUAGGCCUGGGUAAGAGACACCUCUCCUUUCAGGCAGAAUACUGGGCCUGUGUGCUGCCAAAUUCUCUGCCUCCUUCCCCUAACCGCCACUCCCCGCUCUGGAACCCAAAUAAGGAGUACGAAGAUCUGCUUAAUUACACUUACCCACUGAGGCCUGGGCCGCAGCUCCCAAAGCAGCCCGAAGGUCGUGUGCUGGCUGACCUUGUUAUGCAGGACUCUGGUGUAGACCUGGACAGUUUCUCUGUCUCCCCAGCAAGUACUCUCAAGUCACCCAGCAAUGUCUCCCACAAUUGCUCAUCAGCAGAAGGGCCUACUCUGCCAUUUUCUGGAGCCAGAGAGCCAUGUCUUAAGCGCUGGCCCUUGAGAGUAUCCCAGAAACAAGGUGGCACAAGCUUGGCAUCCUGGAACCAGCUUGCAUCAACACCUAAAGCCCCAGGCACCGAAGAUGCUUCUUGGGAGAACAGAGAGGCAGCCAUGAUGAGCACAGCAGGGAACUGUCUGCCUAUAGGCAAGGACCUCAGUUUGGGCUCUCCCCAGCUGAAGACCAAGGAGAAAGAGCCACCCUUUCCCAGACGGCAGAAGGAGGAGAGAGGCGGGCAGGGUGUUGGCUGUCCAGCCUGUGUGAAGCCUGGAUGGCCAUCAGAAGAGGAGGCUGGAAGUGAUGAGGAGUACCUUGCUCUGCCCGAGAGGCUGACUCAGGUCUCUAGCUUGGUGUCCUCCUCAGGUGCCAGGCCCACCUUUGUGAACCUGCCCAGGGAGGCUGCUGAGGAACACAGUUCACUGCAAGUCUCAGACGGUGAUGAGCCAGCUUCCCCCACACUGGACUCCAGCCAAAGGCAGCAUCCUUCUGGUGCUACCUUCCAAGGGCCUGUGAGCCAGGACCCCUGCUUCAGGCGUUCUCUCCAGCCCCAGGACUCCCUCGGGCUCUCUUCAAAACAACUGAAAACUCACCCCUCCUCAAAAGCUGUGUCGGACAGGUGGCUGUUCUCAGAGCUAGUGGCUGGAGAGAAGCUUCCCAGGAAAACAGACAAGCAGGAAAAAGCUUCUCUAGUGCAGUGUGUGCAGUCAUUUUGCUGUCAGCUGGAAGAGCUGAUCUGCUGGUUGUAUAAUGUCCCAGAUGUUGCUGACCUCAGUGCUUCACCCAGAGCCAGCCUUACAGGUCUCAAGUCUUCUCUGCAGCUUUACCGGCAAUUUAAGAAAGAUAUAAACGAACAUCAGUCCCUGACAGAGAGCGUCUUGGAGAAGGGAGAGAUUCUUCUUCAGUGCCUGUUGGAAAACACCCCAGUUUUAAAGGAUGUCCUUGGGAGUAUUGCAAAGCAGUCGGCCGAGCUGGAGAGCCGUGCAGAUCAUCUCUAUGACUCUAUCUUAGCCUCUCUGGACAUGCUGGCUGGCUGCACCCUCAUCCCUGACCACAGGCCAACAGCAGCAGAACACACACAUGAAGGGCUGUAACUCAGCAGAGGUGGAGUCAUCAGCGAAGGUGGCAGUUGGGAAGAAAACUCAAGAACUCCUUGUAAGGACCAUGUAACAGUUAAGGCAGGGGAGAAAAUCAACUGUAACGUACUCUAAGAUGCCUUUCUCACCUCUGCAGGGUUCUUGAGUUACUGUUCUCAUUUACUAUGAAUUCCUCCAAAACUAAGGCCUUUUCUUUUGGUGCUUUUCUACCAAAACUAUGUGGCUUUAUAAUUAUUUGAUAAAAUACUAAGACUUGUGGGUCUCAUGUCGUCGUCCUGUGCCCUCUCCCCUCCCCCACCCCCAGAGAUGGCUCACUGGUUAAGAGCACUGACUGCUCUUUGAAGGUCCUGAGUUCAAAUUCCAGCAACCACAGCCAUCUGUAAUGGUAUCUGACACCCUGUUCUGGUGUGUCUGAGACAGCUACAGUGUAAUUACAUAUAAAAACCAGCAGAUAAAAUACGUUAAGGCCAUUUACAGAAAGCUGCUGGAGGAGGAAGGUUCCAAGCACUUAGGAUUCGCAGGCAUAGGGGGAGCUGGGAUCUAAGAGAGGGAGAGGACAGUGGCCAAGCGUGCUUUGGCAACAUUCUAUCAGUUGCCACCCAGAGUGGUCAGUCUCCACUUACGCCUCAGGAGGCGGCUGCCAUCAUGCUUCUGAAGGGCAAGCUUUUGCUUCCCUCUGGGGCACUCGGCCUGCUGCUCCUCUUUCCCUCCAAAGACUAGUCCAAGGAAGGGAGGAGGCAGGGACAGCCACAAGGUGGGGGCUGGGGGUGCAGGGGGGGGUCAACAGACAGUGUCUUGUUGGGAAGCAAAAAAUUCUAUGGACCUAUCAUAGGUCCUUAUCUAUCAGUUGUUCAAAGCAUCAGUUACAGCUUUCAAAGCAAAGUGUUUGUAUGCUGGCUACCACAGAUUCCACAGUGUAACAAAGGUGGACUUUUCAGUGUUAGAAACAAGGAUCAGUUAUUUAGGUAAGUGUGUACAUGACUUUAACCCUAGCACUUGAGAGUAGCUCUUUGAGUUUGAGGAUAGCCUGGUUUAUGUUAACUAGAGUCCAGGCUGGCCGGGGCUUUAUAAAGAAAAACACGAUUAGUUAUUCAGUAAGUAUAUGUAAAAUACAGUCUUUUCACAUGCCUGCUGCUACACAGUAUGAGUUACCAUAAUGUGUAUGGGCAUGAUCCAAAUUAAAGAUUUGUUACUGGCUUAUUUUUGGCUUUUUGAGACAGGGUUUCUCUGUGUAACCAAACCCUGGCUGUACUGGGACUCCCUCUGUAGACCAGGCUGGUCUCAAACUCAGAUAUCCACCUGCUUCUUCCUCCGAGUGUUAGGAUUAAAGUCAUGCACACCACUGCCCAGCUCAAAUUAGUUUUCUUCUGCCAUCUCUAAAUUAAGCUAUUUCUUAUACUGUACAUGGUACAUAAAGUACUUUCAAAAGGCUAAAACAGAACUUUUCUACCAAGUAAUUAAGGUAAAUGUAAAACAUGCUAUAAAAUCUAGAAUUUGUCAGAAGCACAUCUUACCUCUCUGAUGUGGCUUUAAACCGCCUUCCCUCCAGUAUGUUAGAGGAGCCCUCCCUCAGGUAUGAAACCCAUUUGACAAGCAGGAAAGUCGGGGGACUCAGCUAGCCAGCUGCACCAGCUGAAUGCCAAGUGGAGCACUCUUCUUUCACUGUUUGAUGACGGCGGUUCAGCUGACAGUGGAUAUGGUCUCCCAGCAGUACGUACUUGCCUGGACAUGGCCCAUGCAUUGCUCAUCCUCUUUGUAACAAAGAGGUCGGCUUUUCUGUAACUAAAUGGUGUAACUCUAACCUUGGCUGUGAAUGCCAUUUAGGGACAUCAACACAACUGUUAAUUAAGUCUGGUAUGUGUUAUGUUUGAGCUAAAAUUGUCUCAGCCUCCGAUGUCACUACCAUUUCCAUCUGCAAAUGUGGACAGGCUAGACUCAGAGCCUUUUUAGAAUUUGUAAUGGUCCCUUAAAAUUCCCUGGGUACUAUAAAGUAGCACCUCAGGGCGGGGGUCCUGCAGCUCUACAGCUACGCUCGAGCACAAAACAAGAGAAUUCACACACAGACUGUUUUAAAAACUUAGAUGGAACCCAAAAGAGACCUAGUGGUACAAGGUAUGGCACAUACAUGCCUGAGGGAACUCUCUGAGUGAGCAUUGGAAGUCCCGGUGAGCGGGGCCCCUGGCGAAUGCUUUUCAUUAUGCAAUUGCUCCAUGGCAGUCAUUUUUAAAAAUAUAUCAAGGGAUAAUUUUCUAGUAUGUGAACAAGUUAGACCCCCAACAGUCUUGAAAUCUUUAUACUUGAACACUGGGUUAUUCCCCUCUGAAACAGCAAUUAUUAGCACAUAUGUAAAAGCAAAUAGUGGAUGUGCUGACGUGGCCUGGGAAGCCUAAUCGUGCUGCCAGUGGGGAAAGAGCAUUAACAUUUUACAAAGUCUGUAAAUAUGUUUAUAUUAAAAAUAAAUUCAUGGACUUUUUUCUGCUAACAGAAUAAGCUGACAGUUUGAACAAGUUUUGCUGUGUAAAAUUAAAAGUGCUUGGCAUCAUCUCAUCUUACAUGGGUUUUGUAUCAUUUAGUUAUGAUAGAAAACAGUUUAUGAACUCUUUCUCCUUUUUACUGACAAAAACCCAACAGCUACAAAAAAAAAAAAACAA